AUGCACCGGAGAAAAGAACAAAGUUUUGAGAAGAUGGAGGAGAAUGGUAAUCAUCCUAGAAAGAAGAAAGGAGGGCUUGUCACAAUGCCCUUUAUCUUUGCUAAUGAGGUUUGUGAGAAGUUAGCUGUGGUGGGUUUCAAUACAAACAUGAUAAGUUACCUAACAAAAGAGCUUCACAUGCCAUUAACCAAAGCUGCUAACACUCUCACUAACUUUGGUGGAACUGCAAGCUUGACACCAUUGCUUGGUGCUUUCAUUUCAGAUUCUUAUGCCGGAAAAUUCAUGACUAUUACCGUUGCUUCCAUUAUAUACCAGAUAGUAAUUUUCUUUCUCUAA